AUGGAGAUGGGAACAGAUGAUGCAUUUAGAGGUGACUGCUGUGACUUCAGCACCCUUGGCCCCCAGUGCCAUGCUUGGAGAUGCCUGUACAUACCCCACAGAUUCGUGCUGCCUCAGGAAUUGCAGGUCCAUCGUGCAGAGGCCACACAUGUCACAUGUGACAGUGGCAGUCCUUGUGCUGCCCAGCCCCUCUGGUGCAGUGGUGGCUCAUGUGACAUCUCCAGCCUCAUAAGCCCUUUCUCUGUUGCUGUGCAGGGCCAUUUGUGUCUCUGCUGCUGUGGAGCCACAGGGGACACUUCCCCGGGUGGUGGCUGGCAGGGGUGGGGCUGGGCUGCGGGGCCAGUGCCACAGCACCUGCUCAGAGGUUCUCCAGUGCUGGCAGCAGCUGCAGGAACAGGCAGACAGGUCUGGGUGCAGCCGCGGUGGAUGACGAUGGCCGGUCGCCGAUGGCUCGUCCCGCCCGUUCAAGGCCUGCUGCUCUGCAUCUUGGCUCUGCACAUCCGUCUCCAGGACUCUCUUGCCCCAGCAGAGCACGACACAGUUGCCAACAGCACCGUGGUGGCUGCCAAGAAUGCCUUGUGGGUUGCUGCAGCCACCAAGAAUGCCUCAGUGGUGACUACAGCUGUAAAGAACACCACCAAGGAUGCCGUACUGGUGGCCACCAAAAAUGCCAGAGCAAUGGUCACCAAGAAUGCUGUAGUGGUGGCUACCACCAAGAAUGCCUCAGAGGUGGCCACCAAGAACGCCUCAGUGGUGACCACAGCUGUCAAGAACACCACCAAGGGUGCCGCAGUGGUGGCCACCACCAAGAAUGCCAGAGCAGUGGCCACCAAGAAUGCUGCAGUGGUGGCUGCCACCAAGAAUGCUGCAGUGGUGGCUGCCACCAAGAAUGCCUCAGAGGUGACCACAGCUGUCAAGAACACCACUAAGGGUGCCGCAGUGGUGGCCACCACCAAGGGUGCCGCAGUGGUGGCCACCACCAAGAAUGCCAGAGCAGUGGUGGCUGCCACCAAGAAUGCCAGAGCAGUGGUGGCUGCCACCAAGAAUGCCUCAGAGGUGGCCACCAAGAAUGCCUUGGUGGUGGCCACUGCCAGCAACACCUCGGUGGCUUCCACUGGCAAUGCCUCAGUGGCCACCAACACCUCUGUGAAUGGUGCACAAGAGACAAUGCUCACCUGCCAGAGCUUUCAGUGCUCCGGGGAGAGGUGUUACCAGGAUGAAGCCCACUCCAACAGAACAGUCACCUGCCAUAAUGAGACUUACUGUGAGCUUUAUCGUUUCUCCAGCACAAACUACACAGCCGGGUGCAGCAGCAGGUGUGGUGUGGGGCUGUGCAGGACCAACGGCAGCGAGAGCAGGCAGCAAUGUGCCCUGGAGUGCUGUGCCACCCCACUGUGCCUGCAGCUCAACGCCAGCACCUACGGUGACCUGCCACCCACCACUGCUCCACCCAGGACCACCAACACCACCCACCGACCUCCCCCCCAAAACGGGAAAGUGUGCACAGCAUUCUCCUGUCACGGGGAUGGGUGUUUCAAAGGCAGGAAGACCGUUGCUAGAUGCACGUUGGGGCAGGACUUCUGUGAGAUGAAGAGGACGGGCUUGAAUUACAUGGCAGGAUGUAGCAAAGCCUGCAAGGCUGCCAAACCAGUCUGUGCCAGUGGGAUGAAGGCUGCCUGUUACCAGGAAUGCUGCCCAGCCACCCCGAAAGCCAGCUGUCUGAAACUGGAUGGCAAAAUUCAUGUCAAUAGCGCUGGGCAGGGGUAGGCAGCCGUCGGGAUGCUCCACAGCCUGCCCUCCUGCAGCAGAGCUCCACAGCGCUCGGUAGGAUCCUGUUGCUCCCUGACUUCAGCCAAGGCCACUAUCAAACACUCUCUGUCACAUCCCUCAGAAAGCUACAGGAGGGAUUCUGCCCUGCCCCACCCAAAUCCUGUAGGCCUGAGAGACCCACAAACUAAUUGUGGGUCUUGAGAGCUGUGCAGUGUGUGCCUCUGUGCUCCUGCAAUGAGGGACCAGGAACGAGGUGUUAGGCCUCCUUAAAAAUCAGAAAAUUCUGCCUUGACUGAAGGCACAGGGGCUCCUCUAGUCAUUGACCUGCUUGUGGUGCAGCCUCCCUGGACCCCCUGUGACCUGUUUAGUUCUGAGCAGUUUAGUUCUGAACUGCUCUGGCAAUGAAAUGCCUCUUGCCUGGGUGGGUAAAAUGGUAACUCCAUGUUUUGUCUCCAAGUCCUAGGCAGGAAAAUGGGAUUACUCUAAAAGUGUCUCAUGUUUUAGAUGAUCCUGUUUCACAUCUGUGGUUCUCUGUUGCUAAAGGCAGAGCCCAGAUGUGAGCCUGUGACAUGAACACCCCCAGUGCUUCCCCAGCCUGUUCUUCCAGCACACAGAGCUGGUGCAGAGCUGGUUGGGCAGAAUUCCCUGGAGUCAAGGUGCUGCCAGUUGUGCACACGUGCAUGGCACUGUCCCCUGCAACCGCUCUCCUCUGCUGCCGCUGGCUCCUUAGAGAAAAGACUGCAAAUUAUUAAAGUCUGUGUAUCAGCC